GCUGAGCUGGGGGGUUCUCAGCCCGGGGGGGCUGGGGCGCUGCCGUCACCCUUUGCUCGCCCGUGUCCCGCAGGCGGAGGCGCGGGGAGGCCAUGGAGGCGGCGGGGCCGGCGGAGGAGGCGCUGGUGCUGGUGGAGUACGGCUUCGAGUACCGCGCCAAGGACGGCACCUUGGUCUCCAUCAAACCCAACGAGCGCUACGUCCUGCUCAAACGCACCAACCCGCACUGGUGGCACGUCCGCAGGAGCGGGGACGCCCGACCCUUCUACAUCCCGGCCCAGUACGUCAAGGAGCUGCCGCCCAUCGCCGCCCCAGCCCCGCUUGACCCCCCUCCCUCGGGACAUGCUGCGACAGAAACGGCCACGCUCGUCCCUCAGCCCCCGCCAGCCUACGAGUAUCGGUUCAUCGGCGCCGCCGAGCCGGGGGAGCCGGCAGGAGAGUGCCCGGUGCCCAGGAGAGACUCGGUGCCCGGGAAAGACUCGGUGCCCCGCAGGGACUCGGUGCCCAGGAAAGACUCGGUGCCCAGGAAAGACUCGGUGCCCCGCAGGGACUCGGUGCCAAGGAGAGACUCGGUACCCAGGAGGGACUCGGUGCCCAGGAGGGACUCGGUACCCAGGAGAGACUCGGUACCCAGGAGAGACUCGGUCCCCAGGAGGGACUCACCUUCAUCACUCAGCUCUUUUCGGGUCCUCCCGGGGCUGACCCCGCACCCCGCUGAGCCUGUGAGACCUUCGCACUCCCUGGAUGACCUGGCGCGGGUGACACCAGCAGCGCGCAGUGCCACUGCCAUGGGGGCACGGGGGGACCCCCCAGGACACGCUCGGCCGCUCGGGAAGAGCCGCUCCGAGACCCUCUGCGCCUCCGGCAGGGACAGGGACGUGGCCAGGAGGUGGCCGGGGGCCGGCCCCGCCUCUCAGGUGCACAAGGAGUCGGAGGAGACGCCUGAUCCCAUCUACCUCAACAUCCAGGAGCUGCGGGAGGAGGCCGGCGCCGCCGGCUCGGCCCCGGAGGAGCCCGGCGGCUCCGCGUGGGACUGGGAGACCCACACGGACACGGACAGUGGGCAGUUGUUCUAUUACAACCCGGCGACGGGCGAGACCACGUGGGAUUGUCCCUUCGGGCGGGCGGCCGACGGAGUGAGUCCCGCCGCCUCUCCCGCCUCCUCGCCCGCACGCAGCCCGGAGCUCCCCGAGUGGGAACAGCACGUGGACCAAGGGAGCGGACAGGCUUUUUUCUAUAAUUCGGUGACAGGGGAGACGUCGUGGGACCCCCCCGCUGCGGGAGACGCGGGCAGCCCCCGGGAGGUUCACCCUGGGGGGACGUGGCACGGUGCCAUGGAGCAGAGGCCACCCACUCCAGAAACGGAUUAUCCCGACCUGUCUGCAGACGAGCUGGAGUGUUAUCCCGAGGAGGACUAUUCACCUGUGGGCUCAUAUGACCAGGGGGCCUCUCUCUGCCUGUCCCCAAGGCACCCCGAGGAGCUGGGGUCACCCCCGGGCUGGUACGGGCACAGCCACCCCGAGGGAAUCACGUCCUACCCCGAGCACUUUGCCCCUGACACGGUGCCACCGGGCGGCCGCCGCGCGCGGGCCAGCAGCGGCUCCAGCCAGGAGAAGGGCGGCACCCAGCCUGCCCCCACCCCGGCACCAGGGACAGCAAGGGGCACCUUUGACACCCCCACCUUUGCUUUCCAGUGUAAAAGCCUGGAAAAAGCCGGGGUGCUUAACCGGACCAAGACGGUGGACAGAGGGAAGCGGCUCCGGAAGAACUGGAGCUCCUCCUGGACAGUGCUGGAAGGGGGAAUCCUCACUUUCUUCAAGGACUCCAAACACUCGGCUGCCAGUGCCUUGAAGCACCCUGGCACCCUGACCACCCCCGAGCACACAGUGGAGCUGCGCGGGGCCACCCUCACCUGGGCCGGCAGGGACAAGUCCAGCAAGAAGAAUGUCCUGGAGGUGAGCAGGUGACAGCAGGAGGGACACUGGUCACACGCCAGGGUCCACAGGGCAAUGCCACACCCGCCCGGUUGGUCCCGGCAGUGGUGCAGCGGGUGGAAGUGGGGACAGCGGGGACGUGCCGGGGUGGCAGCACAGGGACGCUGCGCCGCCGGUGCCGAGAGUGACACCAACAGAGUCCGGAACAAACUCCGCAAGUUCCUGCAGAGGCGGCCGACGCUGCAAUCCCUGCGUGAAGCUGGGAUAUCCAGGGACCAGGUUUUUGGCUGCUCGCUGCUGGCGCUGUGUGAGCGGGAGCGGGCGACAGUGCCACGCUUCGUCCUGCAGUGCAUCCGGACUGUGGAGAGGAGAGGUCUGGACAUUGAUGGGCUGUACCGGGUCAGUGGCAACCUGGCCACCAUCCAGAAACUGCGCUACAAGGUGGAGCACGACGAGCAUCUGGACCUGGAUGAUGGGCGCUGGGAGGACAUCCACGUUGUCACCGGGGCACUGAAGCUCUUCCUGAGGGAGCUCCCGGAGCCACUCAUCCCCUUCAGCCACUUCGACAAGUUCAUCGCUGCCAUCAAGAUCCAGGACCCGUCCCUCCGGGGCCGCUGCAUGCGGGACCUGGUGCUGUCCCUGCCGCCCGCCCACCACGACACCAUGAAGGUCCUUUUCCGCCACCUCUGCAGGGUGGUGGAGCACAAGGAGGAGAACCGCAUGUCGGUGCAGAGCGUCGCCAUCGUCUUUGGCCCCACGCUGCUGCGGCCGGCCAGCGAGGAGAGCAGCAUGGCCAUGCACAUGGUCUUCCAGAACCAGGUGGUGGAGCACAUCCUCAACCACUAUGGGUACAUCUUCCCCGAGGGAUAAACCCUGGGGACACCUGCGAGGACCAGCCCAGCCAGUGGGGACUUGAUGGAGCAGCGUCUCCAGGAAGGACUCGGCCCUG